GGCACUGGAAAAUUUGAAAGUGUGUUACUACUACUUUAGAAUGGAUAACAAGAAUCCAAGGACAAGGAAAUAUUUUGUAUUUUUGCUUGAAUCACUCCUACAGAUGAAAUACACAGAAAUCAGAGAAGUGGACAAUGCUUCUACUGUGACACAUUUUCUCCUCUUGGGAUUUUCUGACCUUCCCAACCUCCAAGGGUUUCUGUUUGGAAUGUUCUCUAUAAUGUACCUGAUUAUUUUGAUUGGAAAUAGCUUCAUAAUUGUGAUAACUAAAAUUGAUCCAGCAUUACAGAAGCCCAUGUACUUUUUCUUGGCAAACUUUUCUUCUCUGGAAAUCUGUUAUGUAUCAGUAACUCUCCCAAGGAUUCUGUUCAACAUUGCUACUCAAGAGAGAAGCAUUUCUGUGCUGAGCUGUGCCACACAAAUGUGUUUCUUCCUCAUGCUGGGAGCCACUGAAUGCUUUCUUCUGGCUGUGAUGUCCUAUGACCGCUAUGUGGCUAUCUGCAACCCUCUGCACUAUCCCUUGGUCAUGAACCCAACAAAAUGUACUCAGCUGGCAGUGGGCUCCUGGCUUGGUGGCAUCCCAGUUCAGAUAGGACAAACAUGUCAGAUAUUCUCUCUACAUUUUUGCAAUUCUAACCAAAUCAACCACUUCUUUUGUGACUUACCUCCCAUUCUCAAACUGGCCUGUGGGGACACUUCUGUUAAUGAGCUGUCUGUCUACUUAGUGGCUAUGCUGUUUGUUGCUUUUCCUUUUAUGUUGAUCCUUGCUUCUUAUACCAAAAUCAUUGCCACCAUUCUGAAGUUGCCAACAGCCACAGGACGGGCAAAAGCCUUCUCCACAUGUUCUUCCCAUUUGCUUGUGGUAUUUUUGUUUUUUGGAUCAGCUACUGUUACCUACUUGAGACCAAAGUCCACACAUUCUCCAGGAACCGACAAACUGCUCUCUCUAUUCUACACAAUUGUGACCCCUAUGUUCAACCCCCUGAUAUACAGCCUUAGGAACAAGGAUGUGAUUGCUGCACUGCGAAAACUGUUACUUAUAAAAUAA